UUAAAUUCUAGAAUCAAAGUUACUGUAUUGUGCUGAUCGACCUCGCACGUCCUGCGCCAAAUUCUCGCAAAGGAGAGGUUGAAGACACCGUGACGAGAGUUCGCAGCUGAAGCUGAAAACAGCAAGUUAGCUCCAGAAUUGUAUACAGUAGCUAUUUUGAUCAACAUCAUGGGCAAAUUCGGAGGUCUUCGUGCAUCUGUGACCCCGCAUAUGAUCGAGGUCUUGACCGAUGCAUUAGAUUCGUGCGAUCUACCUGAUUCCGUCAAGGCAGGCAGCGAAUUUGGUGAUGGACACGUUAUCGAAGUUGCCCAUCUCAGGCAACUUUGCCAAUCAGCCAAUGCUGCAAAACCAGGCUCUCUUUCCCUGCACAACCUCAUGAAAGGCUCGGAGCUAUCGAUGGCACCGCUGCCCCAGCGAGAGCGGAAUCCGGAGCUCGUGGCCCGUUUGGAACGUAUCAAGGCGAACUUAGCGCACAAGGAAUAUGACCAACUGGUCGGCAACGUUUCCAGAAAGGAGGACCGCGAGCCAAGCCUCGGACAGCAGUACCGACAGGUAACUAUUCAGACCACGGUCAUUCUCAACAGCUUCAUCACAGUAAUCGGCUCUUUCUUCUUCGCUUUCUUUGCGUGUCGCUACAUCGGACUGGACCUCGUUGCGCAAGUGUCAGCCGGCCUCUUUGUUGGAACGCUAGUCUUCUUCGCCGACUUGUACUUCAUCAUGAGAGAUGAAUUCGGCAAGGAGAGAGGUGUUCCGGAGAGUACAAAGCGAAGUCUCUCCGGGCCGCGGACAAUGCCAUCAGCCAAACAAGAAGUAGAAACUAUCUCUGCGCGGAAGAGAUAGUACUCGCAGCAGCUGCAGGCGUUGUACUGAGUAGUUUAUAACUUUCUAGUGUUCCUCCUGGCAUGAAGUCGUUGGCAUCCGAAUGUCUGCAACUUGAGCAUGUUUCUGGUGGCCCUGGCGUUGAUGACGUCGUCACAGCAUCGGCAGCCUUCAUACCUUCUUCACGCAGGAUAUUGAAGAUGCUCCUCAUUGCUGGCAAGAACAUGACUAAGUAGGCUCUUAACAAGUUUCGUUAGAAGUUAGAACCCUACAGUAGUUCUGUUUAAGGAUUGAUGGAGACUUAGCGUAACAAUUUUUAUGGUUAUUUCGCUUAUUUGGUUCAUCCACAACAGUGCUGAAAGAAGUCCUUAACUUGUUACAUAGGCUUUGAGCUACAAGUAACUCUUGUGGUCUUUUGCCAUACCGUUGCUGUUUUUACUCCCAUUUUUCAGUUGACUUACUUAGACAACAUCAUCAUGGGAACAUUCCAAAUUUAGACCCACUUGUAGUGCUAGCUGACCCAAACUAUCCUGAUACUCGAAGUAUAACAUUUUUGUUAGUGACUAAACAGCACUGGAUACGCUCGUACUAUCAAGAACUUUCAGCAACUCAAUAUUCCAUUUUAGUGAUCAAACAUUACACACAAAAUUCGCCUGCUUUGAUUUAAAGCAUUCUGAAUAUAUUCCGGGCGUGAAUACCGGUAUAAUUAUGUAGUCUCAUUCCCAUUACAGCUGCUCUACAUAUAAAAGCAUUCUCACUAUGUCAACUGUAGUUACCGGUAUUUGGUGUUGACCAGUUUGGGUCGGGUAGCUUGUACAUGCAAUAUCAUCACACAAUAUCA